AAGUCUGUCAAGGCUCUGAUUCUGCUAUCAUCUAUUAUAGCCCUGGGUUGGAUUGGAACACAUGCUGCAACACUGGUUGAAGAUGAAGUGAGAGUUUUGAAUAGGAUUGCAAGAACAAUGGGGGCUAUGAACUGGAACUUUGAUGAAAAUGCUUGCCGUGACAAUGGAACAGUCCCCGUGGACACAGAGUAUGACCCUCAGAUGAAUGUUACCUGCGGCUGCCAGAAUGAAACCUGCCAUGUCACACGUUUAAUAUUUAAACGUUACAACCUUCCUGGUGUACUUCCAUCUGAGCUACUAAAUCUUCCUCGUCUCAUAGAGAUUGAUUUUUCUUAUAACUACCUGAAUGGUUCAAUACCAAAUGAAUGGGGUUCAAUGCAGUUGGAGAAAAUGUCUGUCUUCGGAAACCGAUUAUCCGGUACAAUCCCAACAUCUCUGGGGAACAUUAGCACCCUUAAGUACCUGGACCUCGAAGUAAACAAUUUUUCAGGCCAAGUCCCGCCGGACCUCGGGCGGUUGGCGAACUUGGAAACUUUAAGAUUAUCAUCCAACAGACUGAGUGGAAAUUUACCGUCAGAACUAGCUGGUCUGAGGAACUUGACAGAUUUUCGGAUAAAUGACAACAACUUGAAUGGCAGUAUACCGGAUUUCAUUCAGAAUUGGACCAAACUUGAAAGACUGGAAAUUCAAGGUAGUGGACUUGGAGGACCUAUUCCAUCAUCCGUUUCUACUUUGGAAAACUUAAAUAUUUUGAUGAUAAGUGAUAUAAAUGGAACAAAUCAGCCUUUUCCUGAUCUGAGGAGCCAGACACGCAUCAGACGAAUAAUUUUAAAGAAAUGCAGCAUUUCUGGACAGAUCCCUGAAUAUGUAUGGAGACUGAGUAACUUGCAUAUGCUGGAUCUCAGUUUCAACAGUAUAACAGGAGAACUUGAAAACGCCAUACCCACUACAGAGUUAAAGUUCCUCUUUCUAACUGGAAACAAUCUCAGUGGAAAUAUACCACAAUCAAUCUUGAGGACAGGAAUGACUGUGGAUCUCUCUUACAAUAAUUUCACAUGGCAAAGCCCUGAGCAGCCUGCUUGUCAGCCAUUGAAUAAUGUUAAUCUGUUCCGCAGUUCUUCAUCAAGAAACCUGGGCGAAGUGUUUCAAUGCAGGAACGAUUUCAAAUGCGAAAAAUACUCACACUCUUUGUACGUGAAUUGCGGUGGCGACGAUGUGACAAUGAACGGUAAAACUUACAUAGGAGAUAGAACCUUUGGUACUGGUGGUGCUGCAACAUUAUAUCAGAAUAAUGAUAACUGGGGGUUUAGUAGUACCGGAGAUUUUAGAGACGAUAAUGAUGAACUGAACUCACAAGCACGUUUCACUAGAGUUGUUAGUUCACCGGACCUCCCUGAAUUAUACACUACAGCAAGACUGUCUGCAGUUUCACUUACUUAUUAUCAAUUUUGUUUGGAAAAUGGGAAUUAUACUGUGACUCUUCACUUUGCUGAGAUUCAAUUCUCAAAUAAUGCAAGCUAUGCAAGCCUCGGGAGGCGAUUGUUUGAUAUCUAUAUCCAGGAUGAGAUUGUGGAGAAAGAUUUCGACAUCGUAGUGGAAACUAAAGCAGUUCUUGCCCCAUAUGCAAAACCAUAUAAUGUUAGUGUAACAAACAACAGACUCGAGAUACGAUUUUACUGGGCUGGCAAAGGAACUCAAGCAAUCCCUGACAGAGGAACCUAUGGUCCACUGAUUUCAGCAAUCUCCUUAGAAAAUCCAGAUUUCAAACCAUCAGAGAACAACAAUAUUGUGCCAAUCGUUGUUGGCAUCGUAGUAGCAUUUCUCGUAGUCCUCGGAUCAUGUUUCCUUUGGUGGAGGUACUAUGUUAAAGCCAAGAACCUGCGAGGAAAAGAUCCUGAAGGCCUAGAUGUUCAAAUUAUGUCUUUCACUUUAAAGCAAAUUAAGGUUGCCACCAAUAACUUCGAUUCUGUGAACAAGAUCGGAGAAGGUGGAUUUGGACCUGUUUACAAGGGUCAGCUUGCUGAUGGAACAGUAAUUGCAGUGAAGCAGCUAUCUUCGAAAUCAAGUCAGGGCAAUCGCGAAUUCAUGAACGAGAUUGGUAUGAUAUCGUGUUUUCAACAUCCGAAUCUUGUCAAGCUUUAUGGAUGCUGCACUGAAGGGAAUCAAUUGUUGCUUGUAUAUGAGUACCUAGAAAAUAAUUGCCUUUCUCGGGCUUUGUUUGGAAAUAGUCGAAUGAACCUGGAUUGGCUAACCAGGCACAAGAUCUGUACUGGGAUAGCUAAAGGUUUAGCAUUUCUCCAUGAAGAGUCUAGACUCAAAAUUGUUCAUAGAGACAUCAAAGGUACCAAUAUCCUGCUUGAUGGAGACCUAAACCCUAAAAUUUCCGACUUCGGAUUGGCAAAGCUUCACGAGGAAGAAAAAACCCACAUCAGCACACGAAUUGCCGGAACAAUAGGAUAUAUUGCACCAGAGUAUGCACUCUGGGGUUACUUGACAAAUAAGGCAGAUGUUUACAGUUUCGGAAUUCUGGCUUUGGAAAUUGCCAGUGGGAAGCACAAUAUGAGCUAUGGAUCAGAGAAUAAAUAUACUUGUCUUCUUGAUUGGGCCUGUAAUUUACAGCAAAAUGGAAAGCUAUUAGAAUUGGUGGAUGAAAAGCUGGGAACUGAGUUUAACAUGGCACAAGCAGAAGGGAUGAUUAAAAUGGCUCUUUUAUGUACAAACGGUUCACCUUCAUUAAGGCCAACCAUGUCUGAAGUAGUAGGCAUGCUAGAAGGAACAACCGACAUCCCGGAAAUCGUCCCUGAUCCGGGUAGUUACAAUCAAGAUUUGAGGUUUAAAGCCAUUAGGGACCAUCAUAAGUCUAUGAAUAACAACAGUAAGGUGAGCAGCUCAUCAUCUGCAGGGUUCAUGAUUGAACUUUCUUCUGCUAGACUGAAUGAAAUCAGCCAGGAGUCCUACUCAGGGUUUAGAACAACGGAAACAGAGACAUCGAUGUCAGCCCCAUCAUGAAGCGGUUCGUCAAUGUCUGUAUAG